UGAGAAAGACUCAGCAGGGAAAAAAUAAAUGAAAAACGAAAAACCGAAACAAAAAAUAUAAAUGAAAAACGAAAAACCGAAACAGAUAUAACAAUGCGGAUGUUUGCAGACCUCUGCUCUUGCGAACGUCUCUUGCAGCGUCUAUUCUAAACGAGUCGACGAUAAUUGGCACAUAAUAAACCUGAAAGAAUUUUCUCUACUUCGAUCAUGAUUUUUCUCUACAGAUAUACGAUUAAUGGUUAAAAGAUUCUUUACAAUAUCACUUCAGCAGAUAUACAGUCGGGCGGCAACGGCUAUAUAGUAGUUUCUCAACGGCCAUAAAUAGGUAGGGCUCCAGCUGCCUGCAGUCGUCUCUCGUAUCUCACGUCACUCGUCUCUGCUUCUGCACUCUGCAACAGCGAAGAGUCAGCACGCCACCACGAACUCAACAGUGAACUCGAACAGUCAGUACAUCACCAUGUGACAGCGAGGUGCGAGCGGCCAGCGAACUGAGCAGUGAACUGGUUUUUACAUUCGGAGCUUAUUGUGAGCUGUUCUGAAAUUCUAAAUCCCUUACAAGGAUGUCGUCGACACUCUUGGAUGUGACAAGGGGUGCUCAUGAGGAGGUGGAGCGUUUAGAGAGGUUAAUAGUGAAGGACUUCCAGAGAGAACCUGCCACAAACAAGGAUCGCUUGUAUCAGAAUCAUCGUGUCAGCAAUAUGGUUAAUUCUAUUAUGUCUACAACUCAAAAACUGAUUGAGAUAUACGAAGACAAAGAUCACGCCAGGAAGGAUGAAAUUGCAGCUCUAGGAGGGCAAGGUGCGAGUGGUCAGAAUGUUUUCGGUGCAUUUUAUGAUCGUCUAAAAGAGAUCCGUGAAUAUCAUAGACGGCAUCCGACUGCUCACAUUGUUGAUAUGUUGGAUGAUCCCGAGGAAUUACUGAAGGAGGAACCCCAGAUUGAUUUCAGUGGGGAGGAAGCAUUUGGUCGAUACCUUGACAUGCAUGAGCUUUACAACGAAUACGUUAAUUCAAAGUUUGGUCAAUUGAUUGAUUAUUCUGCAUUUCUUGAAGAGUUUCCAAAAACACACAAUAUUACCCGCAAUCACAAAUUGACAAGACAAUACAAGGAGUAUUUAACACAUUUGUUAGACUAUUUCAUAUCUUUCUUCCAGCGAACACAACCUUUGCAAGAUCUGGACAAAAUAUUCUCGAAGGUUGAUGAUGAAUUUGAGGACCGUUGGGCAGGUGGUACCGUGCAUGGAUGGGAGGAUAAGGGAUUAGGAAAUGGAGAGCCUUCAAUACUACAAGAAUCCAUUGAUUUGGAUUAUUAUAAUUCCGUGGAUGAACUGACUGAGCUAGGUCCAGAAAGAUUGAAACAGGCAUUGGCAGCGCUGGGGUUGAAAACAGGUGGUACCUGUCAGCAACGUGCAGAGAGGCUCUUUUUGACAAAGUUCACUCCCUUGGAGCAGCUUGAUCGAAAGCAUUUUGCAAAGGGCAACUGGCCUUUGGGAAGAAAAACAGAUCAAGAGCUUCAACAGCAGAUUAAUGCAUCAAAAGAAGUUGCUCUAAUGGAGGUUAAGAUGCAACGGUUUGUUGAACUUUUAUAUGAGACGCUUGCUGAGACCAAAGCAAAUGUUGAGAAAAAACAAGCAUUGACAUAUGAAGAAAUGGAAGCAGAGCGUGAAGAGGAGGAAAUACAAGCUGAGAGCGAGAGUGAUGAAGAUGAUCAGCUAGUUUACAAUCCUUUGAAAUUACCUAUGGGAUGGGAUGGAAAGCCAAUUCCAUACUGGCUCUAUAAACUUCAUGGUCUGGGUCAGGAGUUCAAAUGUGAAAUAUGUGGCAACCACAGCUAUUGGGGCAGAAGGGCCUAUGAAAGGCAUUUUAAGGAGUGGCGUCAUCAGCAUGGAAUGCGUUGCCUUGGGAUACCAAACACAAAGAACUUCAAUGAGAUAACCUCAAUUAAGGAAGCAAAGGUUUUGUGGGAAAGAAUACAGGAGAGGCAAGGGCUUAACAAAUGGCGGCCGGACCUAGAGGAAGAAUAUGAGGAUCAAGAGGGGAACAUCUAUAACAAGAAGACUUACACUGAUCUGCAGCGACAAGGACUGAUUUAAAUGAUUGUCAUUGGGUUGAUGGGAAGGUUUCAAAGUUUACUUUUAUGACCUUGUUUUGAGGAAUGGCUGAAAGGAAGGGUAAUUGUCCAUGGGAAUGGGACUUUGUUGCUGGCAUGAAGUGCUAGUAUUCAUGACAACAGAUGUCAUAGGCAAUGGACAAGUUUAUUUACAUCAUAUUCACCUUUUUGGGAUCUAUCCUCUGAAAAGGCUAGCAUUACUCUAGUGUUCCAGGCAUGAAGUUUCAAACCAUAUCUUUAAGAAAGAAUCAGUUCGGCCAGACUUUGAUGUGGUUUACAGGAAAUAUUAGUGAUUUAUUUUUAAAGUAUACUCUGCUAAUUCAUUUUACCUAAUGCAUUUAAUGUCGUGUGAA